AGUGCAGAGAGCAUUAUGAAAACCAAGGAACACACCAGGCAGGUCCGAGAUACUGUUGUGGAGAAAUUUAAAGCCGGAUUUGGAUACAAAAAGACUUCCCAAGCUUUAAACAUCUCAAGGAGCACUGUGCAAGCCAUCAUAUUGAAAUGGAAGGAGCAUCAGACCACUGCAAAUCUACCAAGACCCGGCCGUCCUUCCAAACUUUCUUCUCAAACAAGGAGAAAACUGAUCAGAGAUGCAGCCAAGAGGCCCAUGAUCACUCUGGAUGAACUGCAGAGAUCUACAGCUGAGGUGGGAGAGUCUGUCCAUAGGACAACAAUCAGCCGUACACUGCACAAAUCUGGCCUUUAUGGAAGAGUGGCAAGAAGAAAGCCAUUUCUCAAAGAUAUCCAUAAAAAGUCUCGUUUAAAGUUUGCUACAAGCCACCUGGAAUACAAAAUGGGGAAGGAUCCAAAGAAGCCCCGAGGUAAAAUGUCCUCGUACGCGUACUUUGUCCAAACGUGCCGAGAGGAGCACAAGAAGAAGCAUCCCGACGCCAGCGUCAACUUUGCGGAAUUCUCCAAGAAAUGCUCAGAGCGAUGGAAGACGAUGUCCCCUAAGGAGAAGGGCAAAUUCGAAGACAUGGCCAAGCAGGACAAGGUGCGCUACGAAGCGGAGAUGAAGAACUACAUCCCCCCAAAAGGGCAGAAAAUGAAGCGCUUCAAGGACCCCAAUGCCCCCAAGAGACCACCGUCGGCCUUCUUCCUGUUCUGCGCCGACUUCCGCCCCAAGGUGAAGGGCGAGAACCCGGGACUGUCCAUCGGCGACACGGCUAAGAAGCUAGGAGAGAUGUGGAACGGCUCGUCCACGGAGGACAAGCAGCCCUACGAGAAGAAGGCCGCCAAGCUCAAGGAGAAGUACGACAAGGACAUCGUGGCCUACCGCACCAAGGGCAAAGUGGAUUCCGGCUCGGCGGCGGCGGCGGCGGCUGCUGACGAAGACGAAGAGGACGACGAAGAGGAGGAAGAAGGCGAGGAGGAUGAAGACGAAGAGGAGGACGACGAGUAAGGAGGAAGGAAAGAAGGAAGAAAGUCCGUGCCAUAUAACCGAGCGCGACGUACGCCAGUCGACGUCCGGGUGGAACGUGUAUAUUUCAUGUUUUUAAGAUGUACUGUACAGUGUUAAGAAAAACAAAAAAACACAUAUCUUCCCUUUUGGGGACUUUUCUCGUGAUUGUUUUUUUUUUGUUUGUUUGUUGUCGUUGUCCCUUCUGGCCCGGGAAAUGAGAUUUCCCCUUUUUUGGAUUGUGAGCUGUUGCUUUUAUUUUGAAAAGUCUUCCACGUGCCAUCCUUUCGUGUCGUUUGUAUGAGUUUCUUGGAAUAUCAACAAAGUGCAGCUGUCGACAUUCGAGAAUGUCCUAACGUAAAAUAAAUGUUUUUCUGUUGUU